AUGCGGGCGAGCGGGCGGGCGGCCCCGCCGCCAGGGGGCGCGGUGGGGGCGGUGGGCUCGGUGCAGCUGGUCCUGAGCGUGCUGCACACUGCGCUCUACGCUUCCCUCUUCGCCUUCGCCUACCUGCAGCUGUGGCGGCUGCUGCUCUACCGGGAGCGGCGGCUGAGCUACCGGAGCCUCGGCCUGUUCCUGUGCGUGGGCUGGGCGGCGCUGAGGACCACCCUCUUCUCCGCCGCCUUCGCCCUCGGAGGCUCCCCGGCGCUGCCCCUGCUCCGCCCGCCCUCGCACCUCCGCCCCGCGCCCCACUGGCUGCUCUACUGCUUCCCCGUCUGCCUCCUCUUCGCCACCCUCUGCCUCCUCAACCUGCAUCUGGCCGAGGUUAUAUGUAAAGUCAGAUGUGCAGCCGAACUCGACAAAAACAAAAUUCUACUGCAUCUGGGCUUUAUAUUGGCGAGCCUCAUCUUUCUGGGGGUGAAUUUAACUUGUGCAAUGUUAGUUCAUAAAGGCAUCCCUGAAAAUCAGCUAAAGUGGACAAUGUCUGCUCGAGCUCUGAUAAAUGAUAGUCUCUUCAUCCUUUGUGGUAUUUCAUUAGCUAUUUAUAUCUUCAAAAUUACAAAAAUGUCAUCAGCAAAUGUCUACCUCGAAUCAAAGGGCACUUCUGUGUGUCAGACUGUCGUCGUAGGGACUGUGGUCAUUCUUCUCUACUCUUCAAGAGCUUGUUAUAAUUUGGUGAUCACAAUAUCUCAGGAUAAUACAGAGAGCCCAUUUAAUUAUGGCUGGGAUAACCUUUCUGACAAGGCUCGUGUGGCAGACCUCAGCGGAGAAGAAUACGUAGUGUUUGGAAUGGUCCUGUUCCUGUGGGAAUUUGUGCCAACUUGUACAGUGGUGCUGUUCUUCCGGGCCCAGAGGCCGAACCAGAAUUUGGCCCCCGCUGGGAUGGUCAACAGUCACAGUUACAGUUCCCGAGCUUACUUUUUCGACAACCCGAGACGGUACGAUAGCGACGACGACCUGCCAAGACUAGGAGGUUCGAGAGAAGGGAGCUUAUCCAACUCCCAGAGUUCUGGUUGGUACGGAACUAUAGCUAGCAGCAGCGGUCACACCGCCACUCCACAUUUGAACGGGCUCCCAUCAGAUCCAGUCCCUCUCCUCUUUUCCGCUGGUAACUUGGAAACCAACAAUCAUCAUUUCUAUUCGACGCCCCAAAACUGACGAUGUCACCAAGAGCCAACAUUCUCCAAAUGGUUUACAUGAGCGUGUGCGUGCGUGUGUGUGUAUGUGUGCGUGCGUGCGUUUGUUCUAGGCGGUUUAAUUCCAUCGACAUAAACAUUCCAGUUACUUGAUGCAGCUAAAAACAAAGCCCUGGAGAGAUGGCUGCAUUCGGUGGACGGCGAAACAGUUACUCCUGACUCUUUCUGGAAAAACGAAGCCCAAUUUUUGGAAACUGUCUUGGAAGGAGGAGGGAGGGAGGGAAGGAAUGGGUCAUCGGGAUCGUAGAGCUGGAUCGUCCAGAACUUCCUGACUUCCAAUACCAUCAGAUGCGUAUUUGCACUUUUAUCUUUACAUUUUGAAGGAGCUAACCCUCGCUAGUUACCACACUCCAGUGUUCAGAAUAGUUUGUUUUUAUUGCACUUUCUACCUGGGAGGCAGGCUUCAUGCAAAGAACAAAUAUUCAGCAGCGUAUGUGUAGGCUAAUCCUAAUACCAUGACGGUAGGGGAUGUCCUUUCUAUUUGGCCCAGUAUUGUCCGAGCUUUCCCCACCCGGUACUAAAUGUCUAAACACCACGGAAAGGGUCCUUAGGGAAUCAGUAGAGAGGUCUUCUUCUUGGGUAAGCUUAAUGUUGCCGUAGGAUUGCAAUAACUCUAGCAGAAGAGCGGCUAAUGGGGUUAUCAAAAUAGCAACUGCCGCUUUCUUAAAAAGAAAAGUAAGCUAGUGAAGUCCGCGGUCCUAUUACCAGAACCUGCGGUCAAACCCACAGGACAGAGCGUGGUGUCUGAAAGCCGGCUUGAAGAAGACCAUAGUGAGAUUGUGGUAGAAACUUCCUGAGGUCAGAUAACUCUGGGUGUUCCUCUAAAUUAUUCACCGCAGGAGAUCCAUUUGACUAAACUCCUAGCUCGAUCGCAGCCUACAAAGCGGUACCCGUCUUAGCACUUCCUGAAGUCGAAGUCGUCGAUACCCCAAUCUGAAACGUUGCCAGUAGCAGGACUGUCUCUAGGUGUAGGAAAUCCUGUUCAAAAGAACACAGGCGGAGUGCUCCUUGCUUGGAGUUGCCAGCUUCUUUAGCGGGGCAGAGCGAAACUAGUAUUUGCUCAACUCAAGCUGGUGGAAACAUUUGCAGGGAAGUGGAAGGGAAUGAGCACAUCGGCGUCCAGUAAAGGUACAGGUUGAAAAACCAACGGUAGCCCAGCGGAACACUUGAACCUUCAAAUUUAAGGCAGUAUAAUAGCGGGGGUCGGAGCUAAGUUUACGUAAAAUGCCCUGCUGAAAACUCCAACCAAGGGGGAGAGGUUUAUGCUGAGUCUACAGUGGAAUUUUUAAAGGCAGUUUCUACUGGUGGUGUUCUGUGGAAAUAGGAAUAGGUGCUGAAGAACACCAGAAGAUUGCAAGGGAAUAAGGCAGGCUGUGGUUACAGAGUCAAUAACUUGGCAAGGACCUGUCUCUUAUCUUGAACCCAUCUGUGUAAAUGCUUGACUUCUUGAGUAUAGCUUGACCUCUAUAAGGAUUUCGAGACUGUCAUGCCGUUACUGUUCCACUGCUAACGGAAUCUGUGUAUUAAAAUUAAGAGGGUACGGGGUAAGCAAAAUGUGCUUUUGAUCUCUACUAGGCCAAUGGCAACACUUCAGUGCAAACGUGAUUACGAACGUCAGUCCUAAGUCUGUAGGUAUGUCUAUAUCUUCACUAAGUGUUUUUUUAAUAAAGUCAGGUACUAAACAUUAGUGGAAGCUUUGCAGUGCAGACAUAGUAACUUCUGAAAUGCAAAAAAAAAAAAAAAAAAGUAGCAACUAACACUUGCACCUAGCUGUGUACAUUUUAAAUGCAGUUGCUUUUUUUUAAUUUGUCUCAGUAUUCCAUCUGCCACUGUGCUCACUUGAGAUCCUGUACUGUAACCGUUCAGAACCUUUCGAAUCUCAGUGCUUGGGCCGAGAGUUUCUAUCCAGAUAAAUUUGACGUGCCGUACCGAUCUAUCAGCCCUCUCCUUGAGCAGCAAGGCAGCGAAGGCACUUUAGUAUUCCCGCUCGUGCGGUGUGGAGAAAUGCAUUGGUUCCUCCAGCUGCUUUAAGUCUCCUUGUCCAAGUUGAGAUUCAAAAGCCUGCUCUCGAUCGCUCUCAGACGUACUCAAGUGCUCCCGUGUGUCUCUUCUGUCCCCACCCACUGGCCCAUGUUUUUGCUUAAGAAUUCCAAAGCACUAGGAGCACUUUAAGUUUUGGUCAGGAGGGAAGGGAGUGUUGCAAAACAAACAAAAAAAAAACAAAACCAAGGGCUAUGGGCUCACUCUUCAUCUUGCACUGAAGCACAUACUGACAAUUUUGAGACCUUCCUUUUUGGCUCCUAAAUUGGGGAAGUGGGUUGUGUUGCUUAAGUGUUCAGUUCUACAGUGAUUAGCAGUAUUAAGUCUUAUUUUGUAUGGAUGGCCAUUCAUUCGGGAACUGACCGCUCAUUGCGACUGGUCGCGUAGUUUUAUGGAAGAUGUGAUUUAUAGCUGAAAAGUGGCUUUCAUAUGCAUAGCUGCCUUUUUUUUUUUUUGGAUUUCUCAGCAAUGUAAUCAGUGGAACACUGACUGCAAAAAAACGCUGUGGCCAAUGAAUGUACUUGUUGUUUCACUAAUGGUAACAAAGCACUACUGUUGAAAUAAAGUUGUGAUUUUGUGUUAUGUGGAGGUGGGUUGCGUAUCUUUUUAAAAAUAAAAUGGACUAUAUUCUGA